AUGGCCGCAAAGGCUAUCGUAUUGAAGCCAAAAGUGUAUGGCGCUAUCUUUGACAUGGACGGUACACUGCUAGAUACGGAGGAAGUGAGUCGUCUUUCGAUUGAUAUGAACGUACAUCGGUUGAAUAAGGAAUUUAUCAGGCUAUGCACAAAACGAUCCUGGGUCGUCCUGCUGUCAAACGGACACGCACGGCAAUUACGACCACUGGUCUUAGCGAAGAGAUCAUCACAUCCUGACAUUCGUAUUCAUACGAAUGACAAACAGAGAGCUGAGAUCUUUGGCAAUGACGAUGAUGUAACGGAGUUACACAGAGGUGUGUAUUGUACAUACCCGCCGAUGUGGCUGUACCUUGGGUACAGUGGCCCCUCCAAUGAUCGUGAAAACGAUUAUCUACGCUUUCCGCAUGGCAUGCGGCCGGACGACACGAACAUCCAGACAUCAAUGCCUGACCUGUCGACGACGCAGUCAUAUGAGUUAGACUUUCGUACGUCGUUCGUGGGGCCUGAUGGGCUGCCAGAGAUCGAUCAUGAUGGAGCUGAAUUUGCCAGGAUGCUGCUUGCUCAGACAGAGCAGGAGCAGAAAGAAACGGAGGUAGAGGAUACUGUCACUAUGGAGACCGGGGUGCUGCAAUUGUCGUCUCCAGGUAUAACAGCAGAGGAUGAUCACAGCAUCCAACAAGCUGAGGCAACAAUUUUAGCAGCUGAUAUGGCUGUUCCUAUUACGUCCAAAAAUCGCUGUAGAUACUAUAACAAAGGUCGUACGAGAUGUGAGCGCGCUGCAACAGGCUUGGACGGGCGUUGCGCUCUUCAUAAGCUUAGUCAGUUCUGCAAACACCCCAAGUGCAAUAAGUUUAAUCAAGGAGUUGGGUAUUGCAUUAAGCACGGUGGUGGUAAAAAGUGCAAACAGGAAGGAUGCGAGAAACAGGUCCAGGGAUACGGAUUUUGCUCAGGACACGGCGGAAAGCCUUUGUGCCCCAUUGAAGGUUGUGAGAACAAGAGGAUGGAAGGAGGAUAUUGCAAAGCACAUGGCGGUGGCAGAUUUUGUCAACACGAAGGCUGCAAGAGACGAGAUAUCGGUGGCGGCCGAUGUAUUUCGCAUGGUGGCGGUAAGAAAUGCCAGACAAAGGACUGCACAAAAGUAGACCGAGGUGGCGGGUUUUGCAAGGCCCACGGAGGUGGCAAGAAAUGUGAAGCUGAUGGCUGCAAGAACUGGGCACUUGGCGGGGGCAUUUGUCUGGAGCACAAGGGUCCUGGAAAGCGUUGCAAAACGCUUGGGUGCACGAAGUAUGACCUUGGCGGAGGUCACUGCAUCGCCCAUGGUGGUGGACGCAAGUGUGUUGUGGAAGGCUGCGAUAAGAUUCGUCAGGUGAACAAGCGCUGCCGUGGCCAUGGCGGUAAGGUCAUGUGCAGUGUGCUAAACUGUGACCGCGCAGCACAGAACCGCAAACUCUGCAAAGCUCACGGAGGAGGUAAGCUAUGUCAACAUGAGGGGUGUACAAACAAGCAAAAAGGCAAAGGGCUAUGCAUUCGUCACGGAGGUGGCACGAAAUGUAAGGAGAGCAAUUGCAGUGCGAUAGACCGUGGCGGGGGGCUAUUGCAAGGGCCACGGUGGCGGCAAGAAGUGUUCAUUUGCGUACUGCAACAAGUGGGUCAUCGGUGGUGGCUACUGCCCGGACCAUUUGGAUUUGGAAUUUCCCCAUCCGUCCGAAGAGAUUUCACGUAUUACGACGAAUUCAUAUUUAACCAGCGAGUCGGUUGCGACAAUCUAAAGAGCGUAAACAAAGGAAAAUGUAGUCAAACAAAUGUUUUUGACCCAAGUUUGGGCUCGCUCGUCGCACAGAAACUAAUUUCGGAGACCACAAUAGCUCCACUAGGCACGCGUCUUCAUGACGUUGUUUUUUCCGACGAACAGAUGCCACUGUCUCCGAUGAACUACAGGACGUAUAUCGAGAUGGCCAAGUACCUGUUGGAGCUCAACGCAACAUAUUCAGAUGUCGUGCGAGUGUCAGUGGCCCAAGAAACGUAUCAUCUGCCUUACCCCCCAGAGCUCCAAUGCAUUAUAGACGAUAAGACAAAUGCAACGGAGCUGUGCAAGCAGUUUGUAGUACACAUAACUAACCACUCGACGCUGGUAAGUGACCCGGAGAGACCAGAAGUAUUCAUCAGUGGAGCGCUGCAUGGUGACGAACGUGUUGGCCCCAAUGCAGCCAUCGAGCUCGUUGCAUUAUUUGCACAUGCCACAUCCAUAUACGAAACGGACGAUAAGAUGAAGCCUACGGUGGACACGCAGCGCUGGCUGAAAGAGCUGGUGAACACUCGGAACGUGCUGGUGAUGCCAAUGACGAACGCUUACGGCUACUCACGCAAAUGUCGCAGGGAGUUGGAAGUGGAUCCAAACCGAGACUAUAAUUACAUGAGGUCUGGCGUGGAUUGUAUGAAGGCGAUGACGUCUCGUGUGGUGAACGAAAUUUGGAGAGACCAUGUUUUCCAGUUGGCAGUGACGUUUCAUGGCGGAACUAGAGCAGUGGCGUAUGAGUGGGGCUCGCCGGAUCAUUAUCUGCGUGGCAACGAGAAUAAUCCGAGUGAGAAAUCUCCAGAUCAUAUGGCUCAAUUUCAGAUUGGCAACACAUUGGCCAACUUUGCAGGUAUCUUCCCGGAUGGAAAACUGUAUCCGACGGGAACAAUGAAUGACGUUGUGUAUGGCGUCACUGGUGGUAUGGAAGACUGGGGCUACGCUGCCUCGUGGGAGAAUCAGUUUUACGACAAAAAAUUGCAACCUUUCCGUCCAUGUGAACCGACAACGUUUGGAGGAUAUUUGAAGGAGAAGACUACGUACAACAACAUUACCAACCGCGCGUUCAAUAUGCUAGUAGAAACAUCAGACAGGAAGGAGCCUGAAGCUGUUGAGUUGGGAAAGUAUGAGGAGCUAUACAAAGCAAACGUUGAUUUCUUCCGAACUGAAGGAGUCAUGACGGAGUUUAUAGGGCACGUGCCACGGAAUGUCCGCCUGGCACUUAUGAUGAUUGAGAUGGUUCAACCUUUUGUGCGCUGGGUGGAUAGUGCGGGGUCGUCCGUGACGCGCACUCAAAACGUGUCGAGUUUCUUUCCUGCAGCAAGCUUAUACACGACAAACACUAAUCAAGUAACUGAGAUGGGUUGUGGAGCUCUAGCGUGGGAGCGCAACGAAGUUACAACGUGCAAUGUCGCCGACUGCAGCGUGAUUGACGGAAGACACUCAAAGCUGCAGAUCGCUUGGGAAGUGCUUGGCGCACUUACAGUGGACAGCACUUAUGUUCAGGUAUCUUCCACCCCAUCGUUCGACAACAACAGCGUUCUAAUCAGGACCACAAUUCAAAAGGGUACCACCCGGCGAUUCUAUGAGCUUGCAUCCAAUUCAUCGCAGGCUGCAGCUGCUAACGCAACGAUAGUGGGAACAUCACUAUUCGUUACGUGUUUGGACUUGGCUAAUGUCACGUCGAAUAUGGCCUACAUUCGAGCUGUAGCAACUGUCGACCAGGACUGGAUAAAGCAUGGCGACGGUGACGAUGCACCCUCACCUCGGGUGCCACCGCAGUCGCAUUUGGUGAAUGCUCGAACGAACCUAGAUUGGAAACUUGAAUGGAAUGGACAUCGCGUGAAGUCUACGCUUGACUGGACAUCUCGGGUCAUCACUGUAUAUAUAACAAAGAGCUUGCAGACGGAUGUCGCUUUGUCAAAUACGUCGGCUGACGUAUCUCCAUUGCAUACACCAUCGUCACUUGUCGCUUUGAUUGCGUCGUCUCAAAGCGACAGCGAGGAUAGCGAGGACAGCGGGGAUACCGAGGACUCAAGCGAUGAGAUGGCGAUGACGACGAAGCCUGCUAAUGCCCAGGUAACUGAUGAAAAUGACAAAUUAGAUGUCAAGUACGAAGCAAAAAGCAGUCAAGACAACGGAGAAAGCGACGAGACUGCGCUGGACGAUGAGUCGAAGAUGGCGGCAUCCGAUGACGACCAGGACGCAACACUCGAGGAUUCUUCUUUCGGCAAGACUCCAAACGUUACCGCUUUGGCUACGACAGGAUCUAGUUCAAAUGGCAGAGAAACGUCAUCUUCAUUGCUUCGAUUUGGAUACCUCACCAUAAGUUCAUGUGCUAUGAUCGUCGUGGUAACGUUAGCGUAUCUCUACCAACGCGUGUUCCGACGCGCUCGUCAGCCUUACAUUAACAUCAGCAGUCUCGAGCAGGUGGCUCGCGUGACGAUCAAUAGCAUUGACGACGAAGAAUAUAAAGUAGACGAUGAUGAUAGUGAUGACAGUGAAGGUCCGCGGAUUCCUCGCCAUGCUCAGUCCUCUCGAAGUGUCUUGUAG